AUGUUUGAUGGGACCAAGCUUCGUUUCCUCCCCUUAAUUGACCUCCUUGUACCAUGUGUUGAUGACGUGGUUUCAUUCGAGGGUGGGGUGGACUACAUUGUGAUGGUGGAGAAGGACUCCGUGCUUCAAAGGAUCAUCAGUACGCGUAUUCUUGCAGACCCGACGCUCGGACGAGGCGUGUUUCUCACCGGCAAAGGCCAAGGAGACGGUCUGACAACGAGGCUGCUCAGCAAGCUAGCUGCGACCUAUCCCGCAGCUCCGGUCCUCGGACUGGUCGACCCAGACCCGCAUGGCCUGCAAAUCCUGGUCACAUACAAGAUGGUUAUUGACCCCGCUCUGUUCAGGCCCCUUACCGACAGAGAGGUUGCCAUCCUUGACAACCUCCUCAACAACUACGAGCUCCUGGACGACUGGCAGUGUCGCGAUGACGGCGUCGAGUGUAUCGUUCGUCCCCGUGCUAACGCUGCCAUCCUCGCCGAUGACCUUCGAUGGCAACAAUCUGUCGAGUUUCGUCUCCAGAGCCUUACAGAUGAGAUUGCAACUGUCAAGGCCGCGAACGCAGACCUCGUCCGCCAGCUGGGCGAUGGUGGUGGCGGCCGCAGCGUAACAGCGCCAGCGGGCCCACCAUCGCAUCAGACGACCACUACUCCCGGGUCACAACUCGACUCGCGGCCCCAUCCGCUUCCUCAGCACUUGCACGGCCUGCGAGACAUUCUACGUCCUGCUCUUGCCGAGCUGCAGCACCCCACGAACCUGGAUGUCGCCAUUGAGGACGCGACAGUUCUGUGGGAACACUUCUACGACAGCCUUGCCAUCUACCACGGCUUUACUGCCAGUACCGAACUUGCCACCCCUUCCCCUCUCCUCUUCUCCGCCGUCGUCACCGCAUCCGCCAAACGCUUCACAGGCCACCUGGCAACCCCGGUCGAGCGGUGGGAGGAGCUCUUCCAGCGGGCACUCAUCCGCCUGCUGUACAUCACCGUUCCCAAGACCUGGGACGACGUUGUCGGCCUAGGCAUUGCGCGGACGUGGUGGUGGAAGGCUGACGAGAUGACUGCGGGCCUUGCAUACGGCGCGUUCGUCGAGACUGCGACUGGAGGGCAAAAUUCGUUUCGCGACAGACGCGUGUGGGACUUUCUCGAGCUAACAACAAUCUCGCACGGCAUUCUACACCUCUCCACGCCCAUCGUGCCCGAUUGCCCACCACGAGGUGUACCGGACCGCACAACGUCCCACGUUUUCCUUAUGGCUCUCAACGAGCUUUUCGACUCGCUCGGUGUCGUCAACCGUGCCCUCACGACUCCACGGAGUCUAGUCAUGCUCGCACUCUAUAACCAGCCCGUGCUCGCCCCCUUGACGUAUGCCGAGGUUCACGUCCUCCGCGUCUGUCGGACAGACCUUGAUCGCUGGUGCCCCAAGUGGCAGUACGAAAUUCAGAACGCAGACGCUGUGAAACUUCCCACAGGGAGUGACCGAGACUUCCUGAUCAACCUGGUUGGGCUCUACUAUCACGUCGCCUUGUUCGUGAUCGACGCAUACCUGAAUCAAGGACCUCAGCCAGAUACGCAGCAGUACGAAGCGUCCGCCCGCGAUCUGCUGAACCUGGUCGUCGGCAAAUGGGCCGACUCGCUGCACAUGUGGCCCAAGCUCUUCCUCCACUCUGCGCUGAUAGCAGCCCUGGCUGUGUCUCCUGAAGAACCCCUGGUUCGCCGUGCGCACGACCUGUUUGUCAGUGUGUCCAACAUGCUGCACACGUCUGGGUCCAAGCUUCUGCAGCGGCUCGUAGAACGCUGCCAAGCCCAACAAGGGCCCCGCUCGGCAGUUCAGCUGCCCAUGGUCUUCACCCCAAUCCCAGACAUUGACAUGGCCAUGGCCUACACUGGAAGUGAUUCGUUCUGGAGUGACCUCAGUGGCAUGCUGGGUCUGCCCCAGGGCGAGGUCCUUGUCCCCGCUCCCCCAGCCCCUCCCCCUCCCCCCCACAUGGUCCCCGAACAGGGCAGCGGUGGUGAGGUGCCCUGGCCCCGGCAGCUGUCCGGCUGGAAUUCGGGUGUUGGCCGGAUGGGCCGCAAUGGGUCGUUGUAG